AUGUUAAUUCACGUGCCGAACAUGAAUUGCAUCUCAACGGAAAUACCCCAAGUAGAUCCUUUAUCAACAGCUACUGGCACCGGUUCCUACUUCGAGUACGUGGUCCGCAGCGCUCUUCGUCAUCCUUUUGAUUUUCCCCGCAUGGAAAGUGCCCGCAACAUUCCGGAUCCCAUGCAGAUGGUUUAUUACUACCAUCUCCAAAUGACUCACAUUGACUUGCUCUGGCUUCGAAAUUGGCAAAUUUCACAUCCUCGAGGAUAUCCGUCAGUUUCCGAAUUGCCAUCGCGCGCUGUCCGAUAUGAAUACAAUUUUGACGUUCCCUACGACUUUGGAGACGGAAUCGAGCGAACAUUGGACAGUCACCGUUUGAAUUGCACAGAAUGCAUCCGUCAAUUUCACUGCAACGUUCAUCAUUUGGGAAAUCACAUGGCAAGUCGUUUUCUUCCAAAUCCCGAACCAAAGUUUGAGAGACGCACAACGAUUCCACACAACGAAAUCGAAUUGGAAAGAAAUCAACGAAGAUGGUUGCCAGAAAUGACGUCCACUAAUGAUGCACCUUCGCCACGCGAAAUGGGAGCAAUGGGAGGAUUUACAUGCGAGGCAGGUCCCGUAACGUACAGCAAUGGCUUGGGAAAAAGAACAUACACUGCCACGACGAAAGAUCCAUUCGAAGCGGAAUUGAAGAGAUUCAAAUAUGAAGUUGUUCAUGUUCAUGAUGAGCUGAGACGUCCUUUAUUAACGAUUAGUCGGAGUACGUGGGCACAAAGCGGUUAUGCGUACGACAGACCCGAAGUUGGAUUAGCACCAGGUGGCGGCGGCGGCGGAACAACUCCCGGAGGUUUCCAACAACCCAUUGGAUCGACAGGAGGAUAUCCAUCGGGCAGACCCGGCGGCGCAGGAACAGGCACGACAGCAGGAUAUCCAGCUGCGGGAAGACCAGCAGGACCCGGAUUACAAGACCCAGGAUUUCCGACGGGAGGUUCGCCAGGAUUUGGAGGAUCGGCGCCAGGCGUUGGAGGAUCUCCGGGCUUUGGAGGUUCAGCUCCGGGAGCUGGCGGAGCGCCUGGCUUUGGCGGUAGACCGGGACAAGGAGCGACAGGACCUGCGUUCGGAGGAAGACCUGGAACGGGACCAACAGGACCGACAGGCCCAACAUUCGGAGGUCGACCAGGACAAGGAGGCACAGGCCCAUCAGGACCUUCAUUCGGAGGAAGACCCGGAACAGGCCCAACAGGACCAACUGGCGGCGUUGGUGGCAUCGGAGGAGUUGGAGGUGUUGGCGGAACAGGACCUGCUGGCCCCGCUGGUCAACCUGAUGACGGCAGUUAUGAUGGCGAUUAUUCCGCUAUUCCCGGCGAACCUGGACAAGAUUACCCAAUUUACUCGGAAAUCCCAAAAACUUCUUUCGACUGCAACCAACAACAAUUCCCCGGAUAUUAUGCCGAUGUUGAAGCCCAAUGUCAAGUUUUCCAUAUUUGCGCGUUGAACAGAACUUUUGACUUUUUGUGCCCCAAUGGAACAAUUUUCAGUCAAGAACAUUUGGUUUGCGUUUGGUGGAAUCAAUUCGAUUGUAACUCUGCUCCUGGAUUGUUCGGAAACAACGCUGAUAUUUAUGAUUAUUCACAAACUGGCGCUCCUCCAACGCAACAACAACCAGGCGGUUUUGGACAAGGAGCUCCUGGACAAGGACCAACUGGACCUUCAUUCGGCGGAAGACCCGGACAAGGACCUACCGGACCAACAGGACCUACAUUCGGAGGACGUCCCGGAACAGGACCAACAGGACCAACAGCUGGAGGCUUUGGAGGUCAAGGACCAACUGGACCCGCUCCUGGAGGUUUCGGCGGCGCUGGACAAGGCCCAACAGGACCAACAGGCACUGGCUUCGGAAUUCCCGGACAAGGACCCUCCGCUGGAUACCCAUCGCCAUCGAGACCCACACCGCCAUCCGGAAGCUAUCCGCCGCCCGCAUUUGGCUCAACUCCCGCAGGACCUGGCGGCGCUCCCGGUUUCGGAGGACAAACUCCCAGCGGAUUCACACCUGCUCCAAUUGGCGGCGGAGGUGCUGCCGGAUAUCCCGCUCCUGGUGCUCGCCCAUCUCCUGGCUUCGGUCCUGGCGGGCAAAGUGACACACAAACACCGACACGAGAAUAUUUGCCGCCACGACGAUCGUAAGAAGCGACGAAAAUUUGUAGGCCGUCUGUACAUAUAGCGAUUUAUAUGCGAUGAAAAACGACAGAAACCACAGAGAUUCCCUCCUUUCCAAUUAAUUUUGUAAAUUUAUGUUUAAGACAACAGAAUAGCAUGUUGAUGCUGACCCUGCCCCCUUCUUUAUGUAUCUUUACAAUGAUAAGCAUCUUAUUAAGUUUUAACGAUUUUAUUUAUUCUUUUUAUUAAAAAUUGUUUUUUUUUUAAUUUUUUCGUGCUAAGGAUGUUCCUACCAACUUUACUCAUAAAAAUAUUUUAUUUCUAUUUUUGUUGCCCCAAGCAACAAGUUAGUUUGUAAUGAUCAGUAUUAUCAUAAAAAAUAUGUUACCACAUAUAAAGUUACCAAUUCUCUUGCCCAUCAUGACAAAAAAUCAUUCACUGCCUCCAUUCUAGAU